CUCUUCCAUUUCUUCUCCCCUCUCACUCUCACGACACAUUAUAAAGCGACUGAGCUGAAAAACAAACACAGAAUCUCUCUUAUCUCGCUUCGCAGCUUCGGAUAUCAUACCCUUGUAUGUGUGGUAGAAGAAGAAAGCACGAAAAAGCGAAACACAAUUCAAAUUCUGCAACAAACCGAAACCCUAGAAUUCGAACAGGGAAGUAGUAGAUACGUCGAAAUUGAAUGAGAGUAGAAGCAGUGACUUGCGAGAUAGAGAGAGAAUGAGUAGGUUGUCGUUCAGGCCACGGCCUCUGGACAUACACAAGAAGCUGCCAAUUGUGAAGUCACUCAAGGACAUUGAAGACGACGAGACCUCUACUUCUACACGCAAUUCUCACUUCCUCCUCCGUCUUUCCGAGACCGAUAACGAGGUGCAUCAGGUUCCGAGCAAGAAAUUAGCUAACGAAAUACCAACACCUCAGUAUGUGGUGGUGGAUACUUAUGAGAGAGACUAUUCACGCACCUUCGCUCAACCCACUUCAUAUGUACGUGCUCGGGGAGCUCGCGCUGAGAUUGGAGAGUUUGUUGAGUAUGACAUCGACAAUGAGGAUGGCGAUUGGCUUCGUGAAUUCAACCAAGAUAAGAAGAUUCUCAAUCCCGAGAAGCUUGAGAGUCUUAUUUUCAAGCUGGAGGUCUUGGAUCAGAAAGCUCGCGAAAGAGCAGGCAUUAUAACACCUACUAUUGGUUUGCCUAUUCCUGUUCUCCUGCAAUUUGAUGCUGCAGUAGAGGCUCUCCAGGCUCAGUCCAUUCGAUAUGCAGUUUUCCAGUCUGUUUUUAACUAUUGGAAAGAAAAGCGUGAAAGGUGGCAAAAGCCUAUUUUGCGGCGUUUGCAGCCGCCUCCGCCUGUUAAUGAUACCAAUCCAUUCAACGUCUUUAGGCGAAGAGAGAAAGCCCAUAAACUGCACACAAGACGGAUGCAAAGGAGGGAAAACAAUGUACAAUCAUUUGAAAAGCUUCGCCAGGUCAGGAGAAACCUUGACCAAGCCAAGACAAUUCUUGAAGCUCUUAUCAAGAGAGAAGAGAGAAAGAGAGAAGUGAUGGAUAGUGAAGUUAGCCUCCAGAGGAUCCAAAUGAAGUACAAGCAUGAAACUGAGCUCCUUGAGGAUAGCUUGGCUUUUCCUGGAUUUCCUCCAGCUUCUUGCAAGUUUGGCUCAAGUGACGACGAAUAUGUGGACUCAGAUGACCUUGCCAGCAGUCAUCCACGCUUGCGACCAGCUGUACGUUCCAAUCUCCCUUUAACAGAUUCAAACUUGCUCAUGGUUCCUGCAGGAGGCAUGAAGCAAGAAUUUAGGCGGCGGCAUACACCUCAGGGAUGGCUCCAUAAAUUGGAUCCUCUUGAACCAGUUUUGUUGUUCACGAAACCCCUGGUUCCAGAAAAAUUGGCAGCAACAGGCAUUGUACCGCCUUUGGAGUGUUCAACAAAGAAUGGUGCUUCUACACCACCUUAUAAAUUUCAUGGGCGAAUUGGUCGAGGAGGGCGCAUAAUAUUUGAUAGAUGGAAUCCAUUUUGGCCAAGUCCUAUUGAUUCCGGUAACUCUGUUUACAUACCAUCACGAGCCCGUCCAUGUACCUACAGAUGAAGUAGUUAAUUGUAUUCUCCUGCCUCCAGCUGUAACAUGAACUAUUCGGAGAAGAUUCACCUCGGCAUUGAUUCUAGCUGUACAGUGGGGAAAUUCAAAACUAUGGGUGGGGGUAGUGAAUAUUUUUGUAGGCAUAGUCAUGGGUAUUUUAGGCCAUGGCUGGAAGCUGCACCUCAUGUAUCAUGUUACUUCUGAACGUUAAUGUUUGUUGAGAAGCAAGUUCUCUAGCCCUUCCUUUGCCCUUGCCCUUGUCCUCUCUCUCUCUCUCUCUCUCUCUCUCUCCCCACUAUACUAAAACAUCUGCUCUGCUUUGGCUUCCCAGUGUAAAAAAAAAACACUAUUUGAGCUACUAAUGAGAUGUAAGCACUCCUGGAAUCUCUAAGAAGCAGGUCAUUGGUACUUAUCGUGGAAAGCAGAAAGGAUAACCACAGAGCAAUUCUCUCCUUCAAGUACGUCUGCAAAGCUUAAAGCUUGAGUAGUUGGUCCUGGUUCCAAAUGCUUUGGAGCGGAAAAUUUUCUUGUUUGAACCUUACUAGUCAUGUCUCUUCCUUGCAAAGGAGAAAUAUGUGACAAAACAUGUUUUUGCAGGUGUAUUUCCAUGGCGGAAAAUCU